AUGACUGACCCGAAAAAACGCAGACACGGUGACAAGCUGUUCGUUGGCUAUGAGGAGCAAAAAUCUACAGCAAACGGCUCCCUAAAUGGACAGACAGGAGCUACAAAAAGGCAAGAGUCAUCGCACCGUCUUGAUGGCGGUGCCGUACCUGAACGGGAUGAUUCAUCAUCGACAAAACGGCCAACCUCUCCCACAGCCAUAAUAAAGAAUCCCUGGGAAAUCGUGAAGCAGUCGGAUUUGGAUAACCGAUUGGACAAAAAAGAUGGGAAAAUCCCACGCUCUUUUGAUCAAAAGAUGUGUCGGCAUGGCCCCAAGGGAAUGUGUGACUACUGCAUGCCGUUGGAACCGUAUGCCCCAGAGUACCUGGCUGAAAAGAAGAUAAAACAUCUUUCAUUCAACUCAUACCUUCGGAAAAUUAACUCCUCUACCAACAAGCCAGAGCUGAAGAGCUCCUACAUGCCCCCUCUUUCAGAGCCGUUUUAUAGAGUGAGGAAGGAUUGUCCAUCUGGGCACCCAGCUUGGCCUGAAGGUAUAUGUACUAAAUGCCAGCCAAGUGCCAUCACUUUACAACCCCAACAAUUUAGAAUGGUGGAUCAUGUCGAGUUUUCCUCUCCCGACCUUAUCAAUUCACUCCUAGACUUCUGGCGAAAGACAGGAUCUCAGAGGAUUGGCUUCCUUUACGGAACAUAUGAAGAAUACACAGAAGUCCCGCUUGGUAUAAAAGCUGUGGUACAAGCUAUAUAUGAACCACCACAGGUGGACGAAGUGGAUGGCGUAACCCUUCACGAAUGGAAUAACGAAAAGGACGUUGACCAUAUAGCCAAACUCUGUGGAAUGGAAAAGAUAGGCGUGAUUUUCACUGAUCUUAUCGAUGCUGGUGCCGGAGAUGGAACUGUCGUCUGCAAACGACAUAUCGAUUCUUACUAUCUUUCCUCAUUAGAGGUUGUCUUUGCAUCCCAGCUUCAGGCACGGAACCCCAAACCAUGCAAGUGGAGUGAAACAGGCCAAUUUGGCUCAAAUUUUGUUACCUGUGUCCUGAGCGGAGAUGAGAACGGUGCAAUUUCUGUGUGCGCCUACCAGGCUUCCAACUCUGCUGUUGAAAUGGUGCGGGCAGACAUAAUCGAGCCAUCCGCUGACCCAUCCGUAAUGCUGGUUCAACAAGAAGACGAGCUUGACAACGCAAACAUCACACGCUAUAUUCCAGAGGUUUUCUAUCGAAGAAUAAAUGAAUACAAAGUCAGUGUUCAGGAGAAUGCCAAACCGAGUUUCCCGGUUGAAUACCUCUUUGUCACUCUCACACACGGAUUCCCUACCACGCCAACAACAGUCUUCACGGACCCGUCUUUCCCAAUUGAAAACCGAGAGGUCAUUGGGGAAAGCCAAGAUCUAAGACGUGUUGCGAGUAAAUUGACCGACAGCAGUGAUCCCAAUGCAGUCAUCAAAGCUGUUUCCAAUUUCCAUCUCCUUACCUUCUUGCAUGGAAUGGGUAUCCUCAGCGAGGAUGAGGAGGCUCUUCUUUGCACGGUGGCAACAAAGCAUGAUCCCGCCGACGGCAUACAAUUGCUCAAUACAGCUGGCUGGGCCACGCUCGUGACAAUACUUCAGGAGAGCGGUGAGACGCCCCCAAAACGAUCAUGGCCCUUUAAGCGUCAAUCCCCAAUUUCUUCCUCAUUCCACAACUCUUCUCACAACUCCAACUCGGAUGGUGAACAACUUGCUAAAAGGUUCCGAGGGGCUAGCCUAGAAUGA